GAGUGCGCAGGCGCGGCGGCAGGACCCGGGCAUUUUGCUGCGUCACCAGCCGCCGCCCGGCCUCACCAGCCCUCGCUCUCACGCACGCACGUUCGUUUUCCAUCCUCGCGCCCCUUUUCCUACACUUUCCUCCUCUUCCCGACCGGAGGAGCCGCUCUCUCCGCGCGGUGCAUUCUGGGGACCAGGUCGAGCCCGCCGCUGCCGCCGUCGCUGAGGGAAGCGAGUAGAGGCCGCACCGCGGAGAAAACGUCGGAGUCGCCACCGGAGCUUAGUCCACUGCCCAGCAGCUGCCGCCGGAGAGGCCCACCCACCCAUUCACCCGUUCCCCUGCCCCGUUCACGAUGAAGUCGAUAUAUUCCUCUGUCACCAUCAGUUUUCCCUAUGGCUUAAUGGAACUUCUAAGCCAUGUGUGCUCCGGACAGCCAACAUCGUCUUUCCUCUCUUCCCCACUGUUAUGCCAGAGUUCCUGAAACCAGAAUCUAUUGCCACCGAAUGCAGAAUCUGUGCAUCCUGCAACUCUCGACACUGCACAUGAAGAAUAAGGGGUUCGAAUUUCAAAGUGGCAUCACCAUUCGCUUUUUUCAGAGCUGCAAUCACAUCAUCUUUUACACAAGGCUUGUGUGUAACUAGGAGCCAGCAACAGUUUUGUUUCUGAACCUCAAAGCCAUUUAUAUUCGCAUCUAGGAGGAGGAUGCGCCCCGCGCAGGAGCUGGUGGUAAAAAAUUGUUCUCGCCCAUUCAGGAGCUGCACGAGCUCGGCCACAUCCUCGUCCACGCUGCCCUUCCGGCUGAGGCAGCCUGCUUCUGCAAAGUGGUACGAUCGAAGGGACUAUGUCUUCAUUGAAUUUUGUGUUGAAGACAGUAAAGAUGUUAAUGUAAAUUUUGAAAAAUCCAAACUUACAUUCAGUUGUCUUGGAGGAAGUGAUAAUUUUAAACAUUUAAAUGAAAUUGAUCUUUUUCACUGUAUUGAUCCAAAUGAUUCCAAGCAUAAAAGAACGGACAGAUCAAUUUUAUGUUGUUUACGAAAAGGAGAAUCUGGCCAGUCAUGGCCAAGAUUAACAAAAGAAAGGGCAAAGCUUAAUUGGCUUAGUGUGGACUUCAAUAAUUGGAAAGACUGGGAAGAUGAUUCAGAUGAAGACAUGUCUAAUUUUGAUCGUUUCUCUGAGGAUUCACAAGACAGUGAUGAUGAAAAAAUGCCAGAUCUGGAAUAAGGAAUGUUGUCGUCCCUGGAUUUUGAGAAAGAAAAAUAACUUCUCUGCAAGAUUUCAUAAUUGAGAGAAUUCCUGAGUUGAUAGCUCUAAAGGCAGAUGCUGCAUUUGCCUCCUUUAACCCAUUUUUCAACCUGUUUGUUUUCUUAAAGGCUUCACUAAGGGUUGAUAUGUACCAUUGUAUGGGGCAAUUUUAAGUCAGCUAAGGCAAUAACCUUAUGCAUGAACAUUUCCCAGACUUCCAUGAUGCUGUUAAAGUCCUAGACAAUUGAUACAGCAGUUGUGAUAAAUAAAAACAUUUCACCUAAGUCUCCUUUACUUCAUAACAUAGAUACUGACAUGAUAGGAAGCUCUUGGAUUAUGGAAAGAUAACUUUUAGAUUUUAGAACAUGGACUCAACCUGGCUGAAACAAAUGGAUUGAUACCUUAAACUGGUAACCUGUUGUUCCUCUGGUAUAUUCUUCAGGAUUGUUCCACUAAAGUUUUAUUUUUCAAAAAAUUUACUUCACAUUAUUGUACAUAAGUGAUCACUUGUCAGUGUUCCAAAUGUAUUUUAGCUAAAACUAGUGAAUGCCCUAACUUAGAUGGUUUUUGAAGCCUGUACAUUUGGUAUUGUUUGACCCUUAAACUUUUACAUCUCUUAGCAUGGAGGACAAAGAAAGGCUGUACAUUGUUGCUUGAGAGUCUGUACAUUUAGACCAAAUUUGUAUUUGCACUGUCAGUGGCAAAUGAGUGAAAAAAUGGUAUUACUACACUAUUGGAUUUUUUUAUUUCUUUUUUUUUUUUUUGAUCCAGCUUGUACCAGGGCUGAAAACCUCAAUUUAUGUUCAUGACAGUGGGAUUUUUUUUAAUGUCUACAUUCUUUCUAAUAAACUGUUGGAAGACUUCUUGGUUGUCCUUUUAAGUGUCUGGUUUACUGUAAUUUUAUGUAUUACUAUCUACUGGAAUGGAGUUAUUUUUACUUGAGGAAGAAUUUGGGGAUAUUUCUCUGUUUGGAAAAAAAAGGCUUGCUAUAUAAUGUCACAGGAACCUUUUAAAAGUGGAUCUGUAAUAGCAAAUUGUAGAUGCACUUCUCAGUAGUUGGAAAAGAAAGUGUUGUGAUUUGAUUGAAAUAAAACUAAAUGUGUUGUCCUCCUAAA